UGCCGGGAAGGUUUCUGAGGCGCUAGCGGGCGAAGAGGAGGGUUACUCCGUUGGAGUCCGUACCACGCGCUCAGGCGGAGGUGGGAGGGAGCCGAUCUGGAUGUGAAUUACUGCAAUGAGUAAACGUAAGUCAAAGGAGACGAACUCUGUAAAUGGAGACUGCAUCUCACAGGUACAAAGAAUUUUACGUGAAAGAUUUUGUCACCAGUGCCCUAAUGGAAAACUGUUUGGGGUUCAACUUCAGUACAAACAUCUACUGGAGCUGCUGAAACGAACUACUAUCCAUGGAGAAAGUAACUCUGCACUCAUUAUUGGACCCCGGGGAUCAGGAAAGACUAUGUUAUUAAAUCAUGUUUUAAAAGAGCUCAUGGAAGUAAAGCAAGUGAGGGAGAACCUCUUGCAAGUUCAUCUAAAUGGACUCUUACAGACAAAUGAUAAAAUAGCUCUCAAGGAGAUCACAAGACAGCUACAAAUGGAAAAUGUGGUUGGAGACAAAGUUUUUGGCAGUUUUGCUGAAAACCUUGCAUUUCUUCUUGACGCUUUAAAGAAAGGUGACCGAGAUAGCAGUUGUCCAGUGCUAUUUGUACUGGAUGAAUUUGACCUCUUUGUUCAUCACAAGAACCAGACAUUACUGUAUAACCUUUUUGAUAUAUCCCAGUCAGCACAGACUCCAGUAACGGUUAUUGGACUUACAUGCAGACAAGAUAUUUUGGAACUCCUGGAAAAGAGAGUGAAGUCAAGGUUCUCCCACCGACAGAUAUAUUUGAUGAAUUCAUUUGAUUUUAAACAAUAUCUUAGAAUAUUUAAAGAACAGUUAUAUCUACCUGCAGAGUUUCUAUACAAGCCUUUCAUACAGAAAUGGAAUAAGAAUGUUCAGUCUCUUUCAGAAGACAGAACAGUGCAAGAUGUGCUACAAAAUCAUUUCCACUGCAGCAAAGACCUGCGAUCACUUCACAUGCUAUUGAUGCUUGCUUUAAGUAGCAUAACAGUAUCUCACCCAUUUAUGACUGGAUCAGAUCUUCUUGAAGCAAGCAAAUUGUGCAGAAUGGACUCAAAAGCAAACAUUGUACAUGGUUUGUCUGUGCUGGAAAUCUGCCUAAUUAUAGCUAUGAAACAUUUAAAUGAUGUUUAUGAAGGAGAACCAUUUAAUUUUCAAAUGGUCUAUAAUGAAUUUCAGAAGUUCAUACAACGGAAAGCACAUUCGAUGUACAACUUUGAGAAACCUGUUGUUAUGAAGGCUUUUGAACACUUGAUACAACUAGAGUUAAUAAAACCAAUAGAAGGACUGCCUGUGCGUGCUCAGAGAGAAUACCUACUAAUGAAGCUACUUUUGGACAAUAAUCAAAUAAUGGAUGCUUUGCAGGUGUACCCAAACUGCCCAACAGAUGUGAAACAGUGGGCAACAUCCUCAUUGAGUUGGUUGUGAACUUUCUGAAGCUUAUAAAACCACAUUAAAGUGAAAUACAAUAAGUUGGUUUCAGCAUAAUUUCAGUGGAAUACUGAAUCAUUCACGUGAAGUUAGAGCAUGUUUUUUUUAAAUAUGGUGUACUUUUCUGAAGUGUUCUGAUACUGAAAAUAAACAUGAAUGUGAUUACA